ACCUCAAAUCCCUUCAAGAAACACUCACACCUUCCCUCUCUUCAUUAUCUUCUUCUUUCUAGUUUUUUCUACUCACUCCUCUCUCUUUUCUCUUGCAAUGGCCACGGCUUAUCUCAGAACACCAACCUUUCAAGCACCUCUCUCCUCACGCCUAGACACCACCAACUCCUCCAAAUCUCCAAAGCACCUCACAUGGGCUUCUCUAAGACAAUCACACACUUUCCCAAAUCGUUGUCGUAUUCACUAUUCUUCAAAUUCAUCUUCCAAAUUGUCCCAUCGCAGGCUCAAGUUCUUUCCUUUUGCUUCCUAUGGUGAAACCACCGAAACCGAUGAAAAGGAAGAGGUUCAGGAAUCCCAGAUUCAGGACAAUAUAGAUGGGGCUGUUGAUGAGGAAGAUGGUGGAAGUGAGGGUGACAGUGGCGAUGCCGAGGAACCCAUUUCAGCCAUUAUUGUUUCACUGAACUCAUAUAAAGAAGCUUUAGCAAGUAACGAUGAGUCCAAAGUUGCCGAGAUAGAGGCUUUCCUCAAGUCCAUUGAAGACGAGAAAAUCGAUCUUGAAAGAAAAGUGGCUACUUUGUCUGAAGAACUAUCAAAUGAGAAGGCUCGGAUACUUAGGAUUAGCGCAGACUUUGACAAUUUUAGGAAGAGGACGGACAAAGAACGGCUUUCGCUGGUAACAAAUGCCCAAGGGGAAGUUGUGGAGAAUCUGUUGUCUGUUUUAGAUAACUUUGAGAGAGCUAAAGCCCAGCUCAAGAUUGAGACUGAGGGAGAGGAGAAAAUCAACAACAGCUAUCAGAGCAUAUAUAAGCAGUUUGUGGAGAUUCUGGGGUCGCUUGGUGUUGUCCCUGUGGAGGCAAUAGGGAACCCCUUUGAUCCAUUGCUGCAUGAGGCCAUUAUGCGCGAGGAAUCUACAGAAUUUGAAGAAGACAUCAUAAUUGAAGAAUAUCGCAAGGGGUUCAAACUCGGUGAGAGACUUUUGCGCCCAUCAAUGGUGAAGGUAUCGGCUGGUCCAGGGCCCUCAGAGCCCGAAUCUACAGAGCCAUCUGAAGUAGUAGCAGAAAGCGCAAGCGAAACCAAACUUGGUGAUGAGGGCAGCACAGAAGCAGAGUCUCCGGGAGAUCAGUGAUUGAUCUAGAUUCAGUUUUGUAUGAGCUCCAGUAGUGUCUUUUGUUAGGACAAAAAGCCUUGUAAUGGUGGGGAUGUGUUUGUUUUCAUUGAUGAUAUGCUAUUGUUCCCAGUUCCAGUUCUGCUUCUGGUUCUGGUCUAUAGGAAGGAAUCACAGAUGGUUUGAGGGAAAGUAGCAUUUUGUAAUUGUUGUUUGUUGAUCAACCGGCGACAAUCUCUCUUUUCUCGGCACAUCGUUAUUGUUUUUUCAUUAUACCCAAUACAUUCUUUGCGAUGAAAUUAUUGCGCAUAAAUUGAAGGGAAAAUUUAACUGGAAGGCAA